GUAAACCAGAGGGGCAGAUUGUUACAUGGGCUGGCGAUAAACUUUUCCCGUGGGUGACAUUUAACGCUGCACGUUGGCCGAGGGGACUGCGCGCAACGCAGGGGCAGCGCUGGAUCCACACAGGGCACUACUGCGUAAACCUUCAAUACAUGUGGUUGUAUUUUGGAGACGCCAUAUGUACUCUUUUCAGCGCACAGCUUAUUCCAGAGUGAACAACUGUAGAAAUGUCGUUCUUAACCAUACCGAGUCAAGAGGGUUAUUUCGUGGCGAUUAAAUCGGGAAAGUCAGCCGGUGAGGCAGAGUGCAAGUCUCCCGUGGAUGAUGAAGAUGAUGAUGACACCGAGGACGUCCAUCUCAUCCCAAGAUGCUCCCCGGUGCCCAGAAAGCGAGGCCAGUCCAUCUUUGAUGAGACUGCCGAGUACAUGCGGAUCCACUCGGCGUUGCCUGCCGCCAGGAGGAGAGUUUCAUUUGCCGAUACAACAGGUGGGGAUCUGGUCGAUGUGAAGGAAUUUGUCGCCUUCGAUUCGGACGAGGAAGAGGAUAGCGCAAGGUGGGAGGAAGAGGAGGCUCGGUAUCGACAUCCAGUGCGAGAACCGACCUAUAACAUAAACCCAGAGUUUCCCAUGCCCACCGGCAGUGCCCUGACGCAGGCUGUGCAGGCUAAUAAAGCAGAGGUUGAGCUGCUGUCCCCGGUGGAGGACGAGCCACUCGCCUUCAGCGGGAUCAUUCGAGUCCUGAACAUCUCUUUCCACAAAGCAGUGUAUAUCAGAUCAACCAUGGACAGCUGGGCUACCUAUUUUGAUUACCCAGCUGAAUAUGUCCAGGGAUCUCACGAUGGGGCCACUGAUAAGUUUUCCUUCAAGUUGUCUUUUGCACCACCUUAUAACACACACGGUUCACGCAUUGAGUUUGUCGUUCGCUAUGAAACCUCUGAUGGUGAUUACUGGGCUAAUAACUCAGGUAUGAAUUAUGUGGUGACUCUCCUCCUGUCCUAUGAAGAUGAUUUGGCUCAAAGCAAGACUGAAGUGCAAGACAUAAGAGGUAUCCUGAAACCUCCAAAAGAUUACAGUCUGGAUGAUGAUUACGACUAUGAGGAUGAGCCAGACAGGGAUGGAGAAGAUCCAGGGACGUCCAAGUCACAACCUCUUCGACCUACACCUGUCUGCCCAGUCAUUGUGCAGCCAGAGAUCGACUUAGAGAUUGCACAUCACCCAUCUGGUCCCCCAGUCCCAUUCAACCAAGAGCCUCCAUCUGUUGAUGGUACACUGUCCACUCCCACUGUAUCCCCAGGUGAACAAUUCCCUCGCAUGUCUUCCGAAACUGCAUCACAAACUUAUGACGAAGAGUUAUCUUUUAUACUUCAAGCCAGCGAACCAGUCCAGCCAUGUGAGUCACAGCCUUCAACCAGACUCCACUGUGAAUUAGGCUACCAAAUCUCCGAGCAACCCAAAGAAUGCAGUGUCUCCACAUUGCUGCCUGCCUCAUCCCCUUCCCCAUCACACCCACUGAUAACUUGCACAAGCUCAGCCACAGAGGAUGAAGAGAAAGAGAAAGGAGGUUCCAGACUCAGUGACCCUGAACAUGUCGCUGUUCCUAACCCAUCUAUUACUGAGCUCCAAGCCAAUACACAUUUAGAUAGCAAUACUGCCGAGCAGAGCUUAUUUCCAGCAACCUCAGAAUUUACAAAGAUGGAGGUGGAGCAGGUUUCAGUGGAAGAGAAAAGAAAAGAUCUUAAGCAAGAAGUAAAAGAUACAGUUCAAGAGGAAGGACUCAGCUUAGCAACCAUGACCCAGGAGCCACUUGAUUACAAAAUAAAUCCCACUGAGGAAUUUUCUGAACCAGACCUCUAUGAGUGCAAAACUAAAAAUAGCUCGCAAAGAGAGACUUCCUCCGGAGGUCCAGCUCCUUUCGAGAAUAAGAUUGAUGACGGUGAGACUGAUCCUGGAGCCCCCAAAAAUGAAGAGGGAGCCUUCCAGACAGACUCAAAAGUAGCAUUAUGUAUGCCGCAGGCCUUUGGAGAGGAAGUUGGUAUUCCUGACACUUUCUUUCCAUUAAAUACUAUCACACCGCCCACUGCCACUGUGAUUCCGGGUGAACAAUCACCCCAUGUGUCUUCCAAAACCCAAUCCCAAGCCAGUGAUGUAGAAUCCUUUAUUGCAUCCCAAUGCAACAAACCUCUUGAGACAACUCUGCCAUCUCUGGUGGAAAUAGCAAUGGGCUCGAGCGAAGAAUAUGCAAGAUUUAAGAAAGAGGAAUGCAAAAACACAGAUAGAGAGAAGGAGCUAGACUUUUACAGCCAAGACGCCAAGAAGCCACUCACAAUCCCAAGUAUCCCCUCAGAAGAUCGUACAGAGACAAGCCCACAAACAGAAAUGUCUUUUUUCUCCACUGAGGCAUCUGAGAAACAGGCUUUACUGCAUGACACUGAUGUUGCGUCUCUAGAGAGUGGAGAGGAAGUCCUGCAAACAAAGGCAAGACUGGACAUCUCUGACAUCAUCGAAGACGACGUCCCUACUAAUGAGAACACGAAGAAGGAGGAAGACUCCGUUCAAAUCCAAGAAUCCUCUACCCACCUCACAGGUCUCUCAGUAAGUCCUGAAGAGUGUAGCUCACAGAAUGAAAUGUUUGCAGUACUGCCAUCUUUUCCUGAGGAGACCACAACACAGACAUUGCUGGAUGACUCUGCUACCGGAUGCACAGAGAAAGGUAUGGAUGACCUGUGGACAGAGACCAGGCAAGGAUCAGAUAGGUCCCACACUGGUGGAGAGGACAUGGCUUGUUCUGUGGCUCCAUGUUCGUGGCCACCAACCGCAGAGACUAAAAUUAGGCUAGUUGGAGAGGACAGACCGACCCACAGCCUAGCCAGUCAAACUAGUCCUGAGGUGCUUGCUGACUAUGUGUCUUUUCCCAGCGUGACUUCUCAGGACUCCAAGUUUCCUGUGGUAGAGAGUCAGGGUUCUGCUGGAGCGAAAGGUGAAGCUGCGCCAUCACCUGCCCUCACAGGAAACGCCUCUGUGAUUACAGGUGUCACCGAGGUGAGCCAGAACGUAGCUCUUAAUUCUGUCCCGGUCAGAGAGGAGCAGGAAGACUCUCUCCAGGUUUCCCCUGCCGCGUUAUUAGAGAAUCUACCAAACACCUUGUCAGAGGUUGCCAACCCGUCAGGGCCCCCGUCUGAGCGUGCUGUGGGCGGGAAUCUGAUGCCAUCCAUCGUCUUCCUGAGCGCAGUCAUCCUUCUCUGUGUGCUGUUGCAGGAACACAAUGCCCUCUUCUUCAUCGGACUAUUUUUCAUCUUGUCUCUGUUUUAGAUUAUGUCAGAGUAGCUCCUUCUCCUAAACUGAUCUCUGUUCAGUCCAGUUAAGUGCCUCUUCAUGAUUCCAAAAUAAGCAAACCAGUCAGAAGCACAUGUGGUUGCUGUUGUAGUUGUUGUUGCUGCUGCUGUUUUGGGCGUCCCUGUGUGAUUGUAGAUCUUUGUACAUUUUCAUCAAAAGACAAAAGAUAUGGGGCUUCCUUUGUGAAUAUUUCCACACAAUGUCCAAGGGGAAAGUAAUUGGUAAGAUUUACAGUGUAAUGAUGUAUUUCAUGCCUUCAGUUAAACACUUUAUUCAGACGAUUAAAAAUAUUGUAAGAAAAAAAAAAAAAGCAUGAAAUUCUGGAGAAAUUGAUUAACUGGCCCACU